AUGGAUAUAGUGAACGACAGCCUCUUUGACAUCAACACCAACGACUCAGACCUGCUGUGCAAGCUCAUCUCUGAAAAGGAUCCUUUUUUCUGCAGGAAUCCCUCUCAGCGUUUUAAAGAUUUAGAUCAGACCGUUCGGAUUCUGCUCUAUUCCCUCAUCUUCCUGCUCAGCGUCGUGGGCAACACCCUGGUCAUCGUCGUGCUGAUCAGAAACAAGCGGAUGAGGACCGUCACCAACAUCUUCCUGCUCUCCUUGGCCGUCAGCGACCUCAUGCUCUGCUUCUUCUGCAUGCCCUUCACCCUCAUCCCCAACCUCCUGCAGGACUUCAUUUUCGGCAGCACCGUCUGCAAAAUCACCAGUUACUUCAUGGGCAUCUCCGUCAGCGUCUCCACCUUCAACCUGGUGGCCAUCUCCUUGGAGAGAUACAGCGCCAUUUGCAAGCCCCUGCAGUCCCGAGUCUGGCAGACGAAAUCGCACGCCCUGAAGGUGAUCGCCUUGACCUGGUGCCUCUCCUUCACCAUCAUGACCCCCUACCCCAUCUACAGCAACCUCGUGCCCCUCCAGAACAGCACUGCGAACAUGUGCCGCUUCCUUUGGCCGAGCAAAACGAUGAAGCAGUCUUGGUACAUUUUCCAGCUGCUCAUCCUCUUCCUCAUCCCGGGGAUCAUCAGGAUGGUAGCAUACGGCCUGAUCUCCUUGGAGCUCUACCGAGGAAUACAAUUCGAUGUCAGCCAGAGAAAGUCUUCACGAGAACGGAAAAGCAGCACCAGCAGCACCAGAGACGAAGACGGGGACGGAUGCUACCUGCAACGAAGCAAGAAGAAGAAGAUGCCACUUCAGCCCCUCCAGGCCAACGCCGGCAGCUGCAAGAUCGACCGUCCGCGCAGCAGCACCUCCGCCGCCAACCUGUUGGCCAAAAAGCUGGUCAUCCGCAUGCUGAUCGUGAUUGUGAUCCUCUUCUUCAUCUGCUGGACUCCCAUCUUCAGCGUCAACACCUGGCGGGCCUUUGACCCCUGGUCUGCCACCCUGUUGCUCACCGGGGCCCCCAUCUCCUUUAUCCACUUGCUCUCCUACACUUCCGCCUGCGUGAACCCCAUCAUCUACUGCUUCAUGAACAAACGCUUCCGCCUGGGCUUCCUGGCGACUUUCGCCUGCUGUGCCAAGCGGAAACUUCCUGUGGCCAGAGCAGAUCUGGCCGAGGAGGAGGAAGGGAAGACCACCGGAGCGUCCCUCUCCAGGUAUUCGUACACACACAUGAACGCGUCCGCACCGCCAUGAACGCGCUCUGCAGAAGAAAUGGAACAUUUUAUUUCCUGUGGCUGUCUUGAAUUGUCUGUGGUUUUGUAUGAAAAUACUCCAGCAAAUGGGGGUGGGGUGGAGAUAUGUAUGUGUGAGUUUGUGUUAGAGAUCAACAAUAUGCCGGUGUGUUACUGCUCUCAUCAGAAAGAGAUUUCCGCUUUGAAUCUCAAAAGAAGAUGGAAAAAUUUCUCUCCGAUAGAAAAGGUCAAUAUUUUUUUUAACCCCAGAGCUUCAAACACCCACUUCCAGUAACUCAGAGCAAUGAGUGGCAUUUUCCCUGAGGUAGAUUGGCUCACGUUUCCCAGUCCAAAAAUUUAUCUUUCUAGUGCGCUCCACAUAAUGACGUUCUUUCGAGACUAGUCUGCGAGUCCAACUUUGUAUUGUCGCAUUCCACAGCAAAAUAUUGAUGUACGAUGAAAUCCAAAAUCUUUUGACUUUUUCCCCCCUCCGGUUUUCUUUUGCCUUCAGCCUUCAAUGCCUUGAAAAUGACCUGCGUGGUGGCUAAUGACAGAGAGAGCGGUGAUGUUCCUCAGGAAUAUAAUAACAGUUUGGAGCAGCAUCACAUUUUAUUUUCUUGUGUAGGGAGUGAACAAUAGACACAAAUUGAGCCAACAGGCUUCAAGAGCCGAUGUGUCAUUUUCCUGUCGCCAGGCAGUUCCCAAUAGCAUUGUGAUUUGUGACAGUUUCAUAUAAUAAAGAGUCAAGAGAUUA